GCACCUGGACUCUGCCUUCAUCCGCAAGGAGCCCUAUGGGGUGGUGCUCAUCAUGGGGCCGUGGUGCUGCCCCGUCAGCCUCCUCCUGGGGCCUCUCAUUGGGGCCAUCGCUGCUGGUAACUGCGCUGUCCUCAAGCCCUCCGAGAUGACCAAGAACGUUGAGAAACUCAUGGUGGAAGCGCUGCCCGGUUACCUGGAUACAGACUGCUUUGCCGUGGUGACCGCCGGUCCUCAGGAGACCACGAGGCUGCUGGAGAACAAGUUUGACUACAUCUUCUUCACUGGCAGCCCGCCCAUGGGGAGGGCGGUGAUGGCAGCCGCUGCCCAGCACCUCACCCCAGUGACACUGGAGCUGGGGGGCAAGAACCCCUGUUACGUGUCGGAGCCGUGCGACGUGCGCAGCGUGGCCCGGCGGGUGGCCUGGGGCCGCUUCUUCAACGCGGGGCAGACCUGCGUGGCCCCCGACUACGUGCUCUGCAGCCUGGAGCUGCAGGAGAAGCUGCUGCCCGCCCUGCGCGAGGCCAUCACCGAGUUCUACGGCUCCGACCCUCGGGGAUCGCCCGACCUGGGGCGCAUCGUGGACCAGAAGGAAUUCCAGCGCAUCCGGAUGCUGCUGCGCAGCGGGAGGGUGGCCAUCGGCGGGCAGGCGGAGGAGGAGGAGCGGUACAUCGCUCCCACUGUCCUGGUGGACGUGCAGCCCUCGGAUCCCAUCAUGCAGGAGAUCAUCCUCGGCCCCAUCCUGCCCAUUGUCAUUGUGGCCAGUGUGGAUGAAGCCAUUGAGUUCAUCAACAGCCGCGAGCGGCCGCUGGCUGUGUAUGUCUUCUCCUCUGAUGAACAGGUGGUGGCCCAGGUCCUGGAGCGCACGAGCAGCGGUGGCUUCUGCAGCAACGACACCCUCAUGCACAUGAUCCUGACCUCGCUGCCCUUCGGUGGCAUCGGGGGCAGCGGGCUGGGCAAGUACCACGGCAAGUUCACCUUCGACACCUUCAGCCACCAGCGCGGGUGCCUGCACCGCAGCAUGGGCCUGGAGGCCCUCAACGCCCUGCGCUACCCCCCCUACAGCCAGCACAGGGUGGGCAUCGUCUGCGCUGCUGCUGGGGUGAAGCACAAGGGCUCCUGCACCCUGCUCUGA